UCAGAGAUCAAAGACUCCAAUUUGCAUGAAUUAAAGCUACUUAGUUAAUUAUUACCUUAAGGAUCCGAUUAAAGCGAGUGAACAAAAAAAGGUGAAAAUGAGAGGAUCAAAGCUUAUAUCGAUUCUCUGCUGCAGCCUGACUGUCCACCGUGGGAAGCCAGAUGAGCAGGAUUACAGAAUUCUGCACAGAGACUUUUUAAUGCACCGACCUGCUCUGCUCUGUUGAAAUGGGUCCAUUUAAAUUAGGGGAUGGGAACAAGGACUGCUUAUGGAGAGCUUUUCUUUCUUUUUCGGCCCUGAAUGGGAUGCAGUGCAGGCCUAUGUGCUGAAAAUGGUAGAUUAACAAAUAAAUCCAGGCAUUAUAUACAACUAAAUUAUAUUUAUUGCAUUUUAAAAAGUAUAUUUCAAAUUUUUUUUGUGUGCAUGUCAUUUAUUUUCCUAAAAAAAAAUCUAUUUUUGAUAACUUUAUUUCACAGCUAUUGCCAUAUAUGAAUCUGAGUUUGCAAGAUCAGCAGAAAGGGCUUCUUCUUCUUUUUUUUUCACGCACACACACACACCCACGCAGAGUUCAGAUUAACAGCAAACGCAGGGCGGUCAGAGCUGCAGAGAGAAAACCUUCACUCUGCUGCUUCUUCACCCCGCACAUCCACCUGCACCACUUUCACUAUAGGGUUUGCCUUAAUCUGUUGGAGUCUUUCUUUUUUUAUUUACACGCUCCUAAAGGUGUGAGGAAUCCUGCGUGUUUUUGUUCCGCGCGCCGGAAUGAGCGCUGAAGGCCUGAAGCCUUCUAGUCUCUGGAAACCUGCCAUGUGACAUUUGGCUGCCAGCUCUGCACCAGAAGGUCAAAGGGGGCUGUGGUGCACAUAAUGCAGAGUAACAUCCGCCACAGUUGCAGCCAUCCUCACGGUUUCUUCAGUGAGUCUGUGGAUGGUGGUUCUGGAUUCGGGGGCUCUCAUCAAGCCUCGGCCCACCAGCAUGGUGGAGAGGGUGGGCUUGAACUUCCUCGGAGGUCCAAAUCGCAAAACCCAAAUAAAUUUACGAUGAACAAAAAGGUUUUCCCUUGGAUGAAAGAGUCAAGACCCUCCAAUCAGAAUCGCACCAGGGGGAUUGCAGAUUGCACCGAGAAGAGCCAGAGCUCAACCCCGGCCUCCAAGCGCACGCGCACCGCGUACACGAGCGCGCAACUGGUGGAGCUGGAGAAGGAGUUCCACUUCAGCCGCUAUCUGUGCAGGCCACGGCGGGUGGAGAUGGCCAGCUUGCUCAACCUGAACGAGAGGCAGAUCAAGAUCUGGUUCCAGAACCGAAGGAUGAAGCAGAAGAAAGACCAGAGAGAGCAAGGUCUCACCACAAGCACCAGCUCCUGCUCUCCCCCAUCCUCCCCCUCCGCCGCCGGCAGCCCCACUUUGGCGAGUCUGGGUUAUGUCCAUCUUGGUGUAGAUUACCAGCCGGCCUCCCCUCCUCUCAAACAACAGCGGCAGCCGCAGCAGGCUUACCCGACAGGGUUCUCCAAAUACACAGCCCCGAGCUUCACGCAAGACCCGCAGUUUGAUACAGCGCAAUGCAACACGCAGGAAAACCCGCAAACAGCAGACUCAAACAUGGGAUUGGAUGAUCAUUGCGGGUCCUACUUCUUUCAGGGCUGCGCAACUCAGGACAGAAUCAUGCAAGCUCCAAAACUGACUCAUCUCUAAGAUAAAUCGCAUCUGCAUGCAUAUAUAAAAAAAAUAGUGUUUAUAAAUCAUUAGAAUAUUUGUUUUUUUUUUUUAUUAACGCAUGCGUCCAUCAGAUUUAUUUGCCCCAUCUUAAGUAGUUUAGCUGAAAUAUAAUUUGGAUGCAAUUUAAAAUAAGUCCCGUUAAGGAUUCAACUAGUCUAAAUGGUUUAUUUUACACUUAAAUGUCUCUUAAGGACCACCUAAACUUGUGCUUAACUGUAGGGCCCGCUUAGGAGGAUCAUUUUACGAGACCCUCAUAUUAUUAUAACCCUUAAGCAUUGUAGAAAAAGAAAAAAAAGCCACCCUAUCUAGCUCGUAAACGGGUCUUUGUUUCUUUUAUGGCUCAAAAUGGACCAAACAAGCUGUCAGCGUUUAAAAGGAAUCGUGAUGGAUCACUGGAUUCACUGCGCUGACGGUUUCAGGGACCCUCAUUCAGACAAGUCUGGCACACAUAAAAAUGGAGAUUCGGAUUCCAGAGCAGAGAAAGAAAACACCCCCCCGAAAUAAACAAAGAUGCAAAUAAAUUAAAUAGUAAAAUAGCAGUAAAAUAAAUAUAAUUUCUAAAAAUAAUGAAACAAACAAAAAC